AUGAUGUCUGUCACAGUACAGACGCAAGCUUGGCACAGUUUCAGCAGAAUCGCGGGACACAUUCCAACAGUCUUCCCUACGCGACAAUCCUCCUUCGGUUUCUGUUAUAUUCUUUUGAGCGGAUUUGUUCUUCACAUCUUCUUCCACCAUCGCCUAUCCGUCUCCGUGGGAUCCAUCUCUUAUCUGCUUGGUCCAGAGAUUUCACUCGAGCACUGCCACCCUAUCCGCGAUACUCCUGGCGUUAUGUUCUACCCUCUGCUUCCAGCCUUUGAUAGCACGUACGCGCAAAUCCCACUGAGCAGGCCCACAAAUUCUGGUUUGUUAAUUGGUAUGGAAACCUAA